ACCGGGCGGAUGCCGUCGUCUCUUAGUCUCGCGCUUAUCGUCGUCGCGGCGACCCGCUCGAGCACGACGCCGAUAUCGUUACCGUGAUCUGUGAGAUUCCGAUGUGCGGUGCGUACCGAUUUACACGCCGUGUCAAUCGGCAAAGUGCCCGAUAUCAGAUUACAAGCUCUCGGGAGGAUUCUAUUUGCAUUUAUCUCGUUUGAAUAAGCAAGGAAACGCGCAAGCUACAACCUCCGAUGAAUAUCACCGAUAGGCGGAGGAAUUACAUUUUGAUCUCUGCGACCACAUUCGAGGGUGUUUGAUAUGAAUCAUAUGCUGCCGCGCGAUUUAACUAGAAGUCAGAAAAGUAACAAACGCGAAUCGGAAAAAGUAAACGGUAUUGCAAUAUCAAAUUAUUGAGUUUUCCAAGUAUAAUAUUUCGGUAAAAUGAGAGAAGGUUAAAUAUCUUUAACUAAAAAUCGUCCACAAUUUUUUAUCGCAUGGAAUUUUUUUGUUCUUACAAAAGUCACGCGAUACGACUCGGCGCGAAUGAACAAGACCAACAUUAAGGAACGUUACCACUUGAACGCCAAGUAUGCCUGACUUUUGUCUCGAGUGACAUCUCACCGGAGGCAAGCAGCGGGGGAAGCGCGCUAGUGAAAGAUCGUCGGAAAGUUGAAAGUUCGUCCCUAGUUCCCGCAUGCCAGACGCAAACGGAGAAAAAAAAAGAAUCGUCGUGACACUUGUCCAACGAUCGAAUUCGAUGGCCUAGGCGAGGUGAAGCUGAGGAAAGCCGAAGAACAAAAAAGUAACAGCCAAGUGGUAGCGACGCCAAGGGAAAGAGAGAGGUGGAGGCGAGAGAAGUAGGAGGUCGUCGACGGGAGGUGAAGGCGCUGCCGCGGAGGAUUUCAAGUCGUGCCCCUGGCGAGAUAGGAGCCGCUUGUAUAGAUCUAUAUGCACAGUAAAAUUGUGGCGACGGAGGAGCCCUGGCUACGAGUAUCUGGGUCACACAGCCGUCCGCUUGACGUUGCAGCCUGUUCUCCGUAAUUCCGUGAAAUUUCUCCGAUGUAGCAAAAAAAAGUAUAGUCUCAUCGUUGACCGUAGGAGACCAUAGGAGUUCUCACUCUCGAGGCGUAGAAGAUUACACAUCGAUGCGGAACGAUAAAAAUAACUGCGAUAUCGUCGGCCAUCGAGUAAUCACGAUACGUUGCCGUACCAUUUCACAAAUGUUACGUUAAAUUUUGAAUAAGGGUACCCGGAAUAUCUAGCAUCGUGAGAAAUACUGUGCUCCAUGUCGUAAUUAAAAAUCUAUUCGUAGAAUAGACGAGUAUGUCGAAUGCGUGACCUGAAACGUAUCCGCAACUUAUAGAACCGUAACGCGUUAACGUCACUUACGUCGGGGAACGGUAAGUGAGCUAUAGACAUAUCGCGUUUUAUUCUGCCGGGAGAAUACGUAAUGAUCCGCGCGGAUCAGUGAUUUGCGGGGAGCGGACCGACCCGAUACCCGGUCGCGUUACUGGGGCGCGCGGUAACGAGCUGUUACGUCGUUACGCGGUUACGUAAAAGGGAUCCACUUGAAUCCCCCACGGGAGCCAUUCCCGAGGAAAGUCCACGCGAGGGCUAUUAUCCGAAUCGUGAGCGGUUCACGGGCGGAACCCGCUGCCACCCUUCAUCUGGAACACGCUCGAGCCGGCCGACUGGAUAAAUAAUGAACUCCCGCGGUCAUUUGUCAAGCUCACCGCGGGACAAACAAAUGCUCGUCGGAGUAGCGUCAUCGGCCUAAAUGGGAGAGAUCAACGCGGGGCACCGGCUAGCACCGCGACAUUUCGCGCCGCUUUGCCGUCAGCGUUACACAAGAAUCAUGUCCCUUUGACUCGACUGGGGAGCCGAAAAGCCAGCAAACGGUAUACAUAAGCAAUCGGCCUUUACGAAUUGUCUACUCGCAAAGCUAUUAAUGAAACGAGCAUUAGAGGUGGAAUGCCGAGGUGCGUGAUUGAAACGGUACUUGAGCGUUAAAAGGACGAAGGUACGCUUUGCGCUCGUCAACUCCCACCUGAGCAUUCGCCCUAGAAAUGCGAGAGUCAGCUGAUUUCGAUCGCGAUCAGUGCAGUCACACCGAGCAGUGCGAUCAAUCGCGCAAGAGAUAACGAACGUGUUCGAAAAAACGGCUCGCGACUUCAUGACAGUGUUCGCGCUUUCGGCUCGCGGACGAACGAACGUGAGAGCUUAUCUCGUGCGUGGUACCGAGCAGCGUCAAGCAACAUGAGGCGACGGAACAACGGUUCCGCCACUUGCUUCUGCCAGGCAUCGUCGUCAAUCAAGAGAAACGGCCGUGGCGGAUGCAACGAGACUGAGGCGAACGAACCACCGGGAUGGUGCAUCUACGCGGCGGUCGCGCUCGUCGCGGUCGGCUGUUAUCUCAAUGCGCUCGACUGCGACUUCGUGCACGAUGACAUACCGGCGGUAGUGAGGAACAGGGACGUGAUCGGCGAGGCGUCGUGGAGCAGCGUGCUCAACGACGAUUUCUGGGGUACACCGAUGGAGAGCAUCAAUAGUCACAAGAGCUAUCGACCUUUCACCACUCUGACGUUUCGGUUGAACUACUUAAUGGCGGGCUUGAGUCCCAUGUGGUAUCACGCCACGAACGUCGCCUUACACGCCGCUGCGUGCAUCUUAGUCACCAGAGUGAGCCUCGUGGUAGCUGCACUACGGCCGGGAUUCGCAGCACUCGCCGGGCUGCUGUUCGCCACACAUCCCGUGCACACGGAAGCGGUGACUGGCAUCGUAGGCAGAGCGGAUGUUCUAGCAUGUAUCUUCUUUUUGCUGUCUUUUCUUGCCUAUCACGGCCAACAGACGGCUUACGUAUGGUCCAGCGUUUGUCUGGGUGCUCUAUCAAUGUUGGCGAAGGAAACUGGUGUUACUGUUCUGAUACUAAACUUUCUUUACGAUCUCUGUCGUUCCUGGCAUUCAAUCAAGAGGUCUAUUUUCGAAGCCAAGUGGAACGACGAUUCUAGAUAUUUUUCCAGACGUGCUGCAGCGUUACUUAUUUCCUUUAGCAUACUUCUUGUGGUACGGCUCGCUCUACUUCAUGGUACUUUGCCAAACUUCUCCGCGCAGGAUAAUCCAGCUGCUUUUCAUCCCUGUUUCCACGUCAGAUUGUUGACUUUUUGCUACUUGGCAGCGCUGAAUUGUUGGUUGCUCCUGUGUCCAGCCAUCCUCUCGCAUGAUUGGCAGAUGGGGUCUGUUCCUCUGGUUACAUCUUUUACGGAUACCAGAAAUUUGGCCACCUGUAUAUUUUUCGGCGGUUGUCUCGUUCUUACGUACAAAGCCUUCACGGAUUUCGAGCAACAAAGGCAUCCGCCUCUUGUUCUGGGUUGGAUGUUCCUGGUGCUGCCGUUCCUACCUGCAUCCAAUCUUUUCGUCACUGUGGGUUUUGUUGUGGCAGAACGGGUUUUAUAUACACCGAGUGUCGGAUGGAUUAUUUUGAUCGUCUACGCUAUGCAGGUGAGCUGGACCGCUGCGCCACGACGGAGAAGUUGGAUCACUACGGGCGUAGUUCUUUUGCUCGUUUUAGGAUGUUUCAGAACGGUUCUUCGGAACAACGAUUGGACAUCUAGAGAAACUUUAAUCAAAGCGGGACUGCGGUCUCUACCCUACAAUGCCAAGAUGCAUUACAACUUUGCUAACUUCCUUAAAGACACAUCGCAACCGAAUCUUGCGGUCCAUCAUUAUCAGUUGGCUCUCUGGCUUUGGCCAGGUUACGCCAGUGCACAUAAUAACCUUGGAACCCUCACGAUAGAUGAUCAAGCUGAAUACCACUUUCUAGCAGCUAUUAAUGCUCAACCUGGUCACGUAAAUGCUCAUUAUAACCUCGGACGACUGUACAGAAGAACAAACCGAACCGAACAGUGCAUCGAGAUGCUAAGAAAAUGCGUGCUACUAGAUCCUGCAUACGCGCCGGCGUUUCGAGUCCUAGCGAGAAUCGCUACCGGUCCCGCAACAGGCGAGCUCCUGAGGCACGUAAUUCACCUUCAGCCACGAAACCCAGACGCUCUCGCCGAGUAUGCUUACUGGUUGUACAAGAACGGCAAAUGGUUGCCCUCGCUCCGGUACUAUUUCAAAGCAAUGGAGAUCUUUCCGUCGCACAAACCGUCGCUUAUAGGUACGCUCAGGAUUUUGAGGUCGCGAGGUCAAUGGUCCAGAGUACACCAGCUCAUCAUAAGAUGGCAUUUAAUGUUACGAGCGAAACGGGGAGGUUUCAUCUAUCGAGGGGAUUUGUAUAUUCGUGCGUGGGAGUUACAAAGCGAGUCUCGUCAAAGGACUCAUCAACAUCAACGGAAUCUAUGUAUACCGGAGAACGGAUGUUCGAGGCCGCGUGUGGCCAGCGUGUCGGUGCAGCUCGAACAAGACAGCAACAAGUCGGAACAGCUGCAGCGGACGCCGCGUUGUAACGUGCGCGCUUGCAGGCACCCAAGAAAAGGGAAGGCGCGCGUGACCGCGCCCACCCUGCUCGUGCAGAAUUUUCUGGAGACGCUUUAGUCCGCCCCGAUCGGGGAACGGGUCUACCUUCUGUUCGUUCGCCAGCUGAAAACGGGCCGUGGAAGAUGAAGAAGAGAGGAGCGCGAUACUCCGACCGCGUGGCAGCCUCGUCCGACGAUCGUCAGCGACGAAGAGAGUCCUAUUAUAGUGGAAUGCCUGAAUAUUUUUCGUAUGCCGUGUUUGUGUGCUAUCUGGGACCGCAAGCCCGACCUGUCGCGGAUCAAUCACGAUAACGAAAUGGAAUAAGGUACGCAUAUAUCGUUAUCGUUUAUGUGUCCUCGCGUUCUUCGUGGCAUCUUGUUUUAUUCUGUCGAUCGGACAGUGACGAUGCAAGUCGCGAUCUCUUCGAAAAUAAAGUCGCUAAUAAAAGAAAAAUAAUGAAAAAAAAAAAAAUGCAAAAAGAAACAGAUGCCUGCUCCGUAGAUAACUUUGGCUUUGCGAACGUGGAUAAAACGUUCUGAAAUCGUUCACGCCAGGACAAAUGACAAUGUGCGCUAAUGGUGAGAAUGCUAGAUUUAAAAUUCCUUGAAAAUUAUUUUGCCACUUUUAAAUUCAUCGUAAGAAUACUUAACGAGAGAGGACCAAGGGAGAUUCGAGUGAUUAACUGUGCGACUAACUGUGUGCGAUGAACGAUUAUAACAAAGUUUCUCGCGUAUUGAUUAAACACAUAAUCAGGUAUGACGUAAAGCCGUGUGCGUUAAAGCGUGUAUCUACCUAUACUUUUGAAAAAUGAUAAUUGUAAUUGGUAAUAUAAUUACAUGUAGUAUGACGUGUUUCUAUAAAUAUUUGCUGUAUCUCGUGUGUGCUUUUAACGUUUUUACAAUGUCCGUUUCAAUGAAGCGAUAAAGCUAUCAUUGUACAUGUAAUACCAGAAAUACGAUGUGUUUCGACAAACAUUAUAAUACAAAUUGAGGAUUACAUUCGUGAAAAAUAUCUUGACAAAAAAAAAAAAAGAUUUUCAGUGGGCAAUUUAGCGAAACUAGUCGUCUCAAAAAUACUUGAUAUAAAUGGAUAUCAUACUAAAAAUUAAUGAGCUAAUCAAUUAUCUUGUUAAAGAGUCUCAUUAACUUACACACUCUAAAUCCAAGUGUGCAAUUUUUACACGUUUAAUGUGUAAAAAUUGCACACCUGCAUUUAGAGUACAUUCAUAAUUUUCAUUAUCGACAAAUAUAUGCACACGUACACAUGUACACGUAUAUACCUUCAUUCAUUGAGAUAUUGUAUACGUAUAUUAUAUCUUUUUUGUCGUUUGUACGCCAAAGAUGAAAAAUAAGAUCGUGGCGUCAAAUUUGAUCUUUUUCAUAAUCAUGAUAAUAGCACAGUGUAUGAGAUGAGAAUACAUACAUACUUUUGGGACUCUUUCUCGGAUCAUGCUUUGUGUUCCUCUCUCGUAGAUACGCAAUUUUACGCACGUAAAUACACGGUGCCAAUACUAGGGUAAUGAAUGUGCCGCUAAUCUGUGGCAUUUGGUAUGGCUUUUGUAUGAAAAUUAAAGAAAUAAAUAAUUUUAAAUAAAUACAUUCUUCGAUGAGCUUGGUACGGCAAUGUUCUAUUGCAAGUAUAUCGUAAAGAAGAUUUUUACGAAUAAUGUCAGUAUUAAGAAAAUUAAUAACUAUAAUAUUAGUUUGCCUUUUCAACAUUAUGAAUUCAUUAUAAAAAAUUAUGUGGUAUAAAUUAAAAUUAUUUAAUCAUUUUGUUGAAAAUAAUACUGAAAUUGCUAACAAAUUAAAUGAAAUACUGCUGGAAACAUUUAAAAUAGUUUGUAAAAUUAAAUCUUUUGCAAUUAAUGAUUAAUUGUAAUAUAACUGACUAGUCAGAUAAUUAAAAGCCAGCUAAUUAAUCUGUUAAUAUUAUUAUAUAAUGUGACGAAUUUCCAUUAAUUGCAUCUCACUUUAUGAAUACUUGCAAAGACUUGUCGAAACAUAAUAGAAGACCAAUGUAUAUACCUGUAUACAGAAAAGAAAUGUUACAUCGAAAGUUUUGUCGAUGCUUAUUAAACUUCUCUAUUAUAAAUUACUGUCAUGUAAUAUCGUUAUAACGAACUCGAGUAAAUAAAUUUUGGCCAUCCGGUUACAACGGCCUGUGGUACUUUGCAGAACGCUGCGGAUAGUGGGAAAAAUGCAACGAAACGCGAAUAAGAUCUAAACUAUAAUGGUACAUGGAAAUGGUAAUGCAUAUGUAUGGAGUUACAUUUUCAGUUACUAUAUCUUUCUGUCUACGAUUCUUGUGUGUGUUAUUUGCAGCUCGAAUAUUUUUAUUCCUUGAAUAUUUUUAUUAUAGAAUAAAUAUCCAUCAAUUUCUUUGUUUUAAUUUAUAUUUAAUAUCGCAAAAAACAUACGAAUCAUACUUGAAAUUUUUUAAAUUUUAUACAGAUAGGAAUAUAAAUUUGAUUAUAUUAUUUUAUAUUAACAAUCAAUCAAAUUGGAAAGGAAAUUAAUUAAUAAAAACGUUAACAUAAUAUAUAAAUGAUAUGUUAAUCGGCCAGCGUCAAUCAGAGUUGCAUCAAUUUUGCGCAAGCAUAAUUACUACUUCGAAAAGAUGAUGAAGAAUUAAGCUUUUUCCUCGAUAGGAAGCGUAUGGAUGAUGUUAUUAAAAUAAGAAGUCAUAGGAGAGUUGCUCAUUAGCUAAGGUAAGAAAUAAAAUACUUGAAGGCUAAUACAUUUAAUACAAGGUAUGGAAGUGAGCUGAGUAUUCUAUUUUUCGUACGUUUAAGCCUUAGGCAUUUCUCCAACUUUUAACGGAAAAUAAGUAUUUAGCACCACUGCAUUUUAUUAUGAAUUCCAUGAGAUAGCGUAGUUGCAUAUAUAAAAAUUACAUUACCCGUGACAGAUACGUCUAUUCUGCUAUAUUAGUGAAGACAAUUUUGUGAUAUUACGUAAUGGUAAUAAAACGUCGAAAAUCCAACGGUUAAAAAUAAUUUGCAAUUCAUAUAGCUGCAGGAAUUGAGCCCCGUACUUUUCACGUACAAUGUUAGCAGAUAUAAUUCGAUAUAUAUUACGAAAUAUUUUGUUUCUGUCGUAGUAAUUUUUUUCUUAUCAGGACGUUUGGCCGAUCGACAAAUUCAACAGCCAAUUAACGUUAUCGUCAUACGAACGGAACUAACGGGUGGAAUGUUCGUGAAUUGAUUAGUAUUAUCGAUUCGUUUAAUAGCACAGACGAAACGAAGUUCAAAAAAAAUAAUAAAAAAAUUAAAAAACUUGCGGUAUUGAAGUGCGUAAGUUCGCUAUCAGAAAUUGAACGUGGGGCCGUGUAUAAUUAGCCGCAAUUUGAUUAGUCUAGGUUACUACUCGAUAGACCAGUUUGUAUAUCUAAUUAUGAUACGUUAUUACUCAUACUCAUUGUGAAUAAUACAGCAAUUAUAAAUUAUCAUAAUAAAGUGUAUGUUUAUAUACAUA